AUGUGCAAUGCCUGUGAGCUGGUUGAACAGGCAUUGCACAGCAACAGUCCAGCGGGCGGCGCAGGAAGCGGAGUCCUGGAGACGGGUCCGUCGCCGACGCGGGAAGCGGAGUCCCGGAGGCAGCUCUGGAGGGCCGGCAGGAGGCUCUGCAGGGCCGGCAGGUCGCUUGGACGGAGCACUGGGACGCUCGGAAGGCUGCUCUACAGCAGCAGGCACAGGACACUCGGGAGGCAGAGUCUCAGGCGGAGCACAAGGACACUCGGGAGGCAGAGUCUCAGGCGGAGCACAAGGACACUCGGGAGGCAGAGUCUCAGGCGGAGCACAAGGACACUCGGGAGGCAGAGUCUCAGGCGGAGCACAAGGACACUUGGGAGGCAGAGUCUCAGGCGGAGCACAGGGAAACUCAGAAGGCAGAGUCUCAGGUGGAGCACAGGGAAACUCGGGAGGCAGAAGCUCGGACAGAGCACAGGGGGCACUAGGAAACUCGGACAGAGCAGAAGGGGCACUAGGAAGCUUGGACGGAGCAGAGGGGGCACUAGGAAGCUCGGACGGAGCACAGGGAAACUAAGGCUCGUCCGCAAACUCGGGAAGCUCGGGAGGGGCGGGGGCUGCUCACCAGCAGCGGGCACGGGGAACGCUGGACGCUGCUCACCAGCAGCAGGCACGGGGAACGCUGGACGCUGCUCACCAGCAGCAGGCACGGGGAACGCUGGACGCUGCUUACCAGCAGUGGGCAGGUGACACUGGGGCCGGAGACAGACGCCGCCUCGGCGCGGGGACCGGAGGCAGCGGGGACUGACGCCGCCUCGGCGCGGGGACCAGAGGCAGCGGUGACGGCUUGG